AUGAAAAUUAAUACGACUAAUAAUGAAAAGUUACCAAAGAUCGAAAUAACGGUCUCGUUUCCCCCUGAUAUCAUGCCGAUAAAUUUAAUUGAUCGUGCUCUGGAAAAGACUCGAAGAACAGGCAAAGUUUCUCGAGUCCCUAACGCUUUUAUUGCGUAUCGUACUAUUUUCUGUAAGGAACUUCAAAAAACAGCACAUCCAACCAUUACGCAACCUCAACUUUCGUUGAUUACUAAAGAACGUUGGUCAAAAGAACCAGAAAACAUUCGCCGAGAAUACGAACGAAUUGCCGCCGUAGCGAGAAAUUUAUACACACGAAUUUGUGUUGAACAAAAACUAUUUCAAGAAUCAAAAAAUCAAGACAAAGAGAAAGAAGGUUCUUAUUCCUUUUGGUCAAAGCAACAUAGUGAAUUUGCUCUUGAUCCAAAUUUUUGGCAAAUUUCACCUCAAACUAACGAAAUUAAAUUUUCUGAAACAAAUACGCCUCCCUCUCCAGAAUGUUGUGAUCCAUGUAAAAAACGCACUGAAAUUUUAGAAAAGCGUAGAAGCGAUUUAGAAGUACGAUUGAAUGAUUUAACAGAGAAAAUGCAAAAAAAGUAA